CGACGACAAAUCAUCGAAAAUGUCCUACCAGUGCAAAAACUGUGAGCGUGAGAAAGAUCAAAACAAUAACUACGUGAACGCGAGCUAUGCGGCCAAUGCCAACGGAACCCGUGGCAAUCGGUCCAGCUUGUCGACCCGGUCCAGCAAGAAUGCCACCGGCGGCCCAGGAGGUGGUACCAAUGAAAACCUCAACGGAUCCGGAGGUGGCUCCUCCAAUGGGGCAACGGGGUCCCAAAUGACGGGGGCCACCCAGGUGACAGCCAAAGUGAUGUGGGGAAGUGUCGGAGCGAUCAAAGAACUUCGCGAGAAGGAACAAGCCGAACGAAAUCAGGUCACCAGGGCCGGACGCCGACAGUAGAUGUGGUGUGUCGGGGAAGCAGUUUUA